AAAAACUUCCAAAUUAAAGCUAUCAAAUUCCUUUUUUUUCUUUCUAGAAGCUAAUCAAAUUCCCUCUUUCCUAUUUUCACUUUUUCCUCAUUUCGAAAUUCGAAUUGUGAUUCUUUUCUUCUCACCUUAACAACGCAUAAUCUCCUUUUCCGGCGAUUAACUGCUAAUCAGAAUUCCUUAAUCAUGGGAGCUUCUCACAGUCGUGAAGGUCUAGAACUUUCCGAUUAUGAAUCUGAUUACGAUGAUGAUGAUGACGUGGAAACUGAAGAACACUACCAAGACGCCACCGAAAAUCAUCAAACUCCACAGGUGAGUAACAAAACCCUGGACGAUUUAGAUUCCAAAUUAAAAGCCCUAAAACUUAAAUACGCUUCCUCGGAAUCACCGAAAAACCUUAAAAAUGCCGUUAAAUUGUACUUGCAUGUCGGCGGUAACACGCCUAAAGCUAAAUGGAUAAUAUCGCUAAAGUUAACUCAUUAUGAGUUUGUUAAGACAUUGAAAAUUGAAGGUGAUAGUGAUGAUGAUGAUGAUUGUGAAGAUGAGGGAUUUUGGGUUUUAAAAGUGGGGAAUAAGAUUAGGGUUAGGGUUUCAACUGAUAUGCAAUUGAAAAUGUUUGGUGAUCAAAGGAGAGUUGAUUUUGUGGAUAAUGGAGUUUGGGCUUUGAAGUUUUUUGUGGAUGAUGAGUAUAGGAACUUCAUUACUAAGUUUCAGGAUUGUUUGUUUGAGAAUGUGUAUGGAAUUGAGGCUACCGAGGCGAAUAAAGUGAAGAUUUAUGGAAAGGAUUUUAUUGGGUGGUUAAAACCCGAGGAAUCGGAUGAUGCAAUGUGGGAAGAUGCGGAUUCGGGUGUUUGGACAAGUAGCGGAAAGAGUCCCGUGAGGGAUAACCGGGAUAGUCAAGAUUUGCUUGAGGAAUUUGAGGAAGCUGCGACUGGUGGAGGUAUACAGAGUUUGGCGUUAGGGGCGUUGGAUAAUAGUUUUCUUGUGAAUGAUUCGGGUGUUCAAGUUGUGAAAAAUUUCAGCCAUGGAAUUCACGGGAAAGGUGUUUAUGUGAAAUUUAAUGAGAAGGAUAAGUGGGGAGGAGGAGGAGAGGGGUCGACGCCUAAAAAGGCUCUUUUGAUGCGUGGUGAAACUAAUAUGAUGCUAAUGAGUCCUUUUAAGGAAGGGAAGCCCCGUUCAACUGGACUUCACCAAUUGGAUAUUGAGACUGGGAAGAUUGUUACGGAAUGGAAGUUUGAGAAGGACGGGACUGAUAUUACCAUGAAGGAUAUAACAAAUGAUAACAAAGGGUCACAGUUGGAUCCUUCUGAGUCAACAUUUUUGGGGUUGGAUGAUAACCGGCUGUGUCAGUGGGAUAUGCGUGAUAAGAAGGGAAUUGUUCAGACAUUAGCAAAUUCGAGUUCUCCUGUGUUGAAUUGGACUCAGGGGCAUCAGUUUUCAAGAGGAACAAAUUUUCAAUGCUUUGCCACGACUGGUGAUGGCUCCAUUGUAGUUGGAUCACUUGAUGGGAAGAUUCGCUUGUACUCUAAGACCUCGAUGAGGCAAGCAAAGACUGCAUUCCCUGGCCUUGGCUCUCCAAUUACACAUGUUGAUGUUACUUACGAUGGCAAAUGGAUACUGGGCACGACUGAUACAUACUUGAUCUUGAUAUGCACUUUGUUUACUGAUAAGGAUGGGAAGACCAAAACUGGUUUUACUGGUCGAAUGGGAAAUAAAAUCCCAGCCCCAAGAUUAUUAAAGCUGACUCCUGUUGAUGCGCAUAUGGCUGGGGCAAAUAACAAGUUCCAUGGUGGCCAUUUCUCAUGGGUUACUGAAAGUGGAAAACAAGAACGUCACUUGGUUGCAGCAGUAGGCAAAUUCAGCGUGAUAUGGAACUUCCAACAGGUGAAGGACAGUGCUCAUAAUUGCUAUCAGAAUCAGCAAGGCCUAAAGAGUUGUUAUUGUUACAAAAUUGUGCCGAAGGAUGAGUCCAUUAUUGAGAGUCGUUUCAUGCAUGACAAAUAUGCGGUCAGCGACUCACCAGAGGCUCCCCUGGUUGUAGCAACUCCGAUGAAAGUUACUUCUAUCAGCAUGUCGGGCAAGAAGCGUGGACAUGGAACUAGUUGACUGGUGGUUGAUCAAUGUGUGCAAGAAGAUUUUUCUAUUGUGUGUAUAUAAGUCCUAGUUCUUUUUCUUUUUCCAAUCCAUAAAUUGUUUGAGAAAGGCUCUUUGCUUUUUAAACCGUUUACUGUAAGUAUUGAGUGGAAUUCUUUAUGACGUGCACGAUUUUAUGUCAAAGAAUGUUUGGAAUGAAGAAGUGAGUGGUUAUCGAUUCAA